ACGGGCGGGUGACUACUUCCGGUGCUGUGAGGGCUCGGGGCUGACGCGGGGCAAUUCCUCUCCUGCAGUUACUUUUGGAUGGAAGUAUGCACUUUUCCCAAUAGAAGAUGGUAAUCUCGGAGAAUGACCAUGGAGAAGGGGAUGAGUUCUGGAGAAGGGCUGCCUUCCAGAUCAUCUCAGGUUUCGGCUGUUAAAAUAACAGUCAAAGAGUUCGAAACAAAGCAGUCCCAUAAGGAGAAGCGAGGGGGCUUUGUGUUGGUACAUGCAGGUGCAGGUUAUCAUUCCGAAUCCAAAGCCAAGGAAUAUAAACAUGUAUGCAAACGAGCUUGUCAGAAGGCAAUUGAAAAGCUACAGGCUGGUGCUCUUGCGACAGAUGCAGUGACUGCAGCUCUGGUGGAACUCGAGGAUUCUCCUUUUACAAAUGCAGGAAUGGGAUCUAAUCUAAAUCUCUUGGGUGAAAUUGAGUGUGAUGCCAGCAUAAUGGAUGGAAAAUCCUUAAAUUUUGGAGCUGUUGGAGCACUGAGUGGUAUCUUUUUAGUUGGAGAAGGAGCCUACAGAUGGGCAGUAGAUCAUGGAAUACCCUCUUGCCCUCCUAACAUCAUGACCACAAGAUUCAGUUUAGCUGCAUUUAAAAGAAACAAGAGGAAACUAGAGCUGGCAGAAAGGGUGGAAACAGAUUUCAUUCAACUAAAGAAAAGAAGACAAUCAAGUGAAAAGGAGAAUGACUCAGGCACUUUGGACACAGUGGGCGCUGUAGUGGUGGACCACGAAGGGAACGUUGCUGCUGCUGUCUCUAGUGGAGGCUUGGCCUUGAAACAUCCAGGGAGAGUUGGACAGGCUGCUCUUUAUGGAUGUGGCUGCUGGGCUGAAAAUACUGGAGCUCAUAAUCCCUACUCCACAGCUGUGAGUACCUCAGGAUGUGGGGAGCAUCUUGUACGUACCAUACUGGCUAGAGAAUGUUCACACGCUUUACAAGCUGAAGAUGCUCACCAAGCACUGUUGGAGACUAUGCAAAACAAGUUUAUCAGUUCACCUUUCCUGGCCAGUGAAGAUGGUGUGCUUGGAGGAGUGAUUGUUCUCCGAACUUGCAGGUGUCCUGCAGAGUCUGAUUCCUCCCAAGAUAAGCAGACGCUUCUAGUGGAAUUUCUUUGGAGCCACACGACAGAGAGCAUGUGUGUUGGAUAUAUGUCAGCCCAGGAUGGGAAAGCCAAGACUCACAUUUCGAGACUCCCUCCUGGUGCGGUGGCGGGACAGUCCGUGGCAAUCGAAGGCGGGGUUUGCCGCCUGGAGAGCCCAGUGAACUGACCCUUCAGGCUGAGCAUGAAGCGUCUGAGAGGCAUUUCAGAGCCUGAGCGUUUCGGGGAUUUUAACUGAAGUUGGAUGUUUUAUCUUCGCCAUUUUAUAAUUCCUCUUUGCAGCCUCGUGCACGGCUCGCGACACUAGUGCUGCUGCAGUUAGCGCUUAGUGACGUGCGGGUCUUCGGCAGGUGGGCAGGACUGAGUGCGCACGUGUGCGCGCGCGUGCAGUGCGUGUGCCUGCUUCUCCCUCGAUGAAAUACAAGCUCCUUAUUGUGUAACCUACGACCAGGAAUGAUUAAAUCAUCUUUACAAAA